GUUUCUGGUUUGCUUGGACAGAGCUGGGGUGGCCAGAGUCCGUACCCUAUCUGGAUAGGCCUCCGUCCCCACUGGAGUUUUAUCGAGAAUGGGUGAGUCCGAAUAAACCUUGUAUAAUUCGGAAUGCCAUCAGCCACUGGCCAGCUCUGGAGAAAUGGACCUCGGGGUACCUCAGGGAGGUAGUUGGUCCCAACGUAGUGAGUGUGGCAGUAACACCACAUGGUUAUGCAGAUGCAGUGUUUCAAGACCGUUUUGUCAUGCCAGAAGAGCGCCAAAUGCGUUUCAUGGACUUUUUGGACAUUGUGGAGAAGAAGGUGACUUCUCCCAAUGUAUUCUAUGUGCAGAAGCAGUGUUCAAACCUCACCGAGGAGUUCCCUGAACUUGUCUGUGAUGUGCAACCUGACAUACCAUGGAUGAGUGAGGCACUUGGGAAGAAGCCUGAUGCUGUGAAUUUCUGGCUGGGGGAAUCAGCUGCUGUGACAUCACUACAUAAAGAUCAUUAUGAGAACCUGUACUGUGUGAUAUCUGGAGAGAAAUAUUUUCUACUUCAUUCACCGAGUGACCGUCCCUUCAUCCCGUAUGAGUUCUAUCAGCCAGCAACCUACCAGGUGUCAGAAGAUGGCUCAUUUGAAAUUGUGGAUGAGAAGAGUGCAGAUAAGGUGCCCUGGAUCCCCCUGGACCCCUUGAAUCCAAAUCUGGAACAGUAUCCAGAGUAUGCUCAGGCAAAACCUUUGCAGUGUACAGUGAAAGCUGGUGAGAUGUUAUACCUGCCUUCUCUGUGGUUCCAUCAUGUUCAGCAAUCACAUGGCUGUAUAGCAGUGAAUUAUUGGUAUGACAUGGAAUAUGACCUUAAGUACAGCUAUUAUCAACUACUAGAUCAUCUCACAGAAACCAUGAAAGUGUUAUAGCAGAGGUGCAAGACUUGAGCUUGUGAUCUCUCUGUCCGAUGGGAUACACUCAUCAGCAUCUGUGACUGGAGCACAAACAUGAUUCAAGUGAAAAGAAAUGAACAUUAAAUUGUCCUC